AUGGAGGGCUUCGAUACUAUGGCGAUGCCGCCAUAUUUGGCUAGUCCCCUGUCACUGGGGAAUUUGCAGAGUACCGACUAUCUCAAUGCCAUGUCUGGUCUAGAUCUACCGGAUCACCGGUCCAACUUCGAUUCCGAGACCUUUGUUAGUGAGGAUCUCGCUAACUUCGCGCCUCCUAAUUUGUCACAUCAACUGAGACGUUUCUCUUCCGCAUACGAAGACCCUUUCACCGAGAUGGUGGCGCCCUUCGACCCAACGCCCCAAGAACAACCCCAGGACUCGUCGAUCGAUCACAACAACAAGCUGUUAAGCUUUUCGCUACCAGUAUAUCACUUCACACUCCUCGACUAUUCCAUGCGCCGAACCUCCUUAUCGGUGGCGGCACAGUUGCACGGGAUGUUCUUUCUCGCCGAAUCCCCCUAUACAACAUCCCCUUCGGAAAAUGCCCCGCCACAACAAGGUGCCGAGUUGACGUGUUAUCGUCGCAAUCUGUUCCAAAUUACCGGUUCAGUAACUUUGCCCCGCGGGAUGCGCUAUAUCAUGACCGACCAAGGCGACCGAAUUCCCAUCCUCGCACAGGAACUCACCGUAUCAGCCACAGAAUCCGUGGAAGGAAACCCCGUAAAGAUUAUCUCGGUGCCAUGGAAGACCCCCUCGGCUGCGGCCGCUAAUUCGGGCACGGCUCCCGAGGAGAACAACCCUAGUACGGGCGCUAAGAUCGAGAAGGAGCCUCCCCCAAUUCCCUUGGACAUCAUGGCGGGUCAGGAUUUGGAUUCAGACUACGCAACCUUCCCUAUCGCCUGGAAGCGUCUACAAUUUCGUGUCGCGACCGCCAACAAUGGUCGCCGAAAGGAGCUACAGCAACACUUCGUCGUUCGCCUCAAGGUGGUCGCGACUUUAUCCACCGGUGCAAAGAUCCCUAUCUCGGAGGUGCAGUCAGGUCCCGUCAUCGUGCGUGGGCGCAGCCCACGCAACUUCCAGUCACGCAAAGAUCUACCCCUUAGUGGGAGCGCUGCUGCUUCGCGCAAGAAUGCCCAGGCCAACUCCUCGAAUUCCGCUAUGAACCGCACACCAACAAGCGACUCCGUCCCGCGUCGUGCCAGCGUGACUCCCGCCAAGGCGAAGCCAGCCGCCCAGAGCAGCUCUCCUGAAACAACGUCCGUUCCCCCGCCGAGCAUUAUGCAGCAGACUAAAGCAACCCCGGAUUGGACCCCCAUCCCACAGUCCGCAUCAAACAAUGUCAUGUCUCAUGCCCCCAAGUCCAUGUUCCGUCAUUCCAGCCCGGAGCAGCUCUCUCAAGCCGACUCACAUCGUCGUAUCGGUUCCACAACAGCGGCCGCUGCACCGAUCAAUUUGUCGUUACUAGACGAGGAAGAAGGCAGUGACCCUAAUCUCCAUCUUGACCAAAAUAUGGUGUCCCCUUUCGCUACCGAGUUGUCACAUCAGCGAUCGCUGAGUCUCGACCAAUCUGCACCGCCUUCCAAAAUGCGCAAGCUCUCUCACGCUGUCUCUCAAACCCCUUCGCGGAGCGUUGCUUCAUCCAUGCCGUUGCUAGAGACUGCCAACCUGCCCCAGUCAUUCGCGUCAUCGCUCCCCUUUCCGAACGAAAGCACUGAUCUUCUCUACGAAUACUUCCCCCUCGGAAUGGAUGACUGGCAAGCCCCUGUCGAUGCCGUCUACCGACCACAUGUGGUGCAUCACACCAAUAUGCCGGAGAUGAAAUUUGUGGCCUCUAGAGGCCGGAGCAAGCGGUACUUUGCCGCAGAAGAUGUGUUCUAA